AUGGCUCCUGGAAUCAUUGCCGACGACUCAGCUGUUAUUACUUCGAAGAAAAGCGAAUUCUCUCCUCUAUAUUCUGUUAAUAACGAAGAACUUCAGGCGAAAGCAGAAAAGUUCUUGGGUUACUACGGCACUAAGUACAGCAAGGAUGUGAUUUGUGGUACUAAGGAUCUCCACGUAUAUACGGCGUCAGGACGAAAGGUCCUCGACUUCACUUCUGGCCAAAUGUCCUGUCUACUAGGCCACGGCCACCCUGAGAUUGUGAAAGUCAUUGCAGACCACGCAGCAUCACUCGACCAUCUCUUCUCCGGCAUGAUUUCUCCACCUGUAAUCAGUUUGGCCGAAAGACUGUGUAACCUACUACCUCAAGGUCUUGAUACAGCCUUCUUCCUCUCUACAGGAGGCGAGAGCAAUGAAGCAGCAAUCAAAAUGGCCAAAAUAUUCACAGGAAAAUUCGAGAUUGUCGGCCUCGGAGCUAGCUGGCACGGUGUUACUGCACAGGCACUAGGAACGCAGUAUCACUACGGUCGCAAAGGCCAGGGUCCUCUGAUGCCAGGAAUGCUCAUGCUGCCACAGCCAAAUGCGUAUCGUUCCGUUUUCCGUCGAGCAGAUGGCUCAUAUGACUGGGAAGCUGAGAUGGAAUACGGCUGGCGUCUGAUCGACAUGCAGUCUUGUGGCUCUCUAGCAGCUUGUAUCGUCGAAUGCAUCCAGUCUUCAGCUGGUAUGCACGUACUUCCACCGGGAUAUCUGGCUGCACUAAAGAAGCAGUGCGAGAAGCGUGGUAUGCUUCUCAUUGUGGACGAAGCACAGACUGGUGUUGGCCGUUGCGGCGAUAUCAUGGCAAUCGCCCACGAGGGCGUUACUCCCGAUAUUCUCACCCUGAGCAAGACGCUCGGAAAUGGAUUACCUCUCAGUGCAGUUGUCACUAGCACUGAAAUCCGUGAUGUCUGUGCGGAGAGGGAUUACUGCUUCUUCACAACGCACGUGAAUGACCCUCUACCUGCUGCUGUCGGCGAUAAAGUCUUAGAGAUAGUCGUUCGUGACGGUCUGGUCGAACACUCUCGGGCCAUGGGAAAAGUGCUACAUGAAGGACUUCUAAGCCUAAAGGAAAAGUACGGAUGUAUUGGAGAUGUACGAGGACGAGGUCUUAUGGCGGGAGUGGAGAUCGUGGAGGAUCGCGAGACAAAGACGCCAGCACUGCCCCUUGGAAAAGCCAUUGGUGACCGUGCUUAUGAGCUGGGUCUAUGGGCCAACCUGAGCAGUCACCCCAGCUUUGGAGGUGCAUUCCGUAUUGCUCCUCCUAUCACUAUUACCAAGGAACAGCUGCUCUGCGGCUUGCAAAUUCUGGAGGAGGCUUUUGCAUCAACUCCUGGCACUAUGCCGUUGUAG